GCGAUGGUUAAGGACUGGAAAGGCCCGAGGAGACUGUCCAAGCCCCACUGCUCCUCCAGCCCUGCAGAGGGAGGGUUAAUAUUACUCCACCUCCCUCCCUCCCUUCUUCUCCUCCCCUCAGGUCACCUUCUAGGCCCUGGAGACUUGACUGGUGGCUCAAGUUCCUCAACCAGUGGCCCUGGGUAAUCAGAGCACAUCAAGUGGCUGGGGCCCUGGGGGCAGGGACUGAUGAAUUGGAGCAAAGGGAGCCUCAGAGACUGAGGGGCUGGGGGCAUCUGCGAGGCUGAGGGUUUGGGGGUACUCCAGGUUGGUGCCCCACACUCCCUGCCUGACCCAGGAGCCUGUCUCUGUUCUGAUCUCAGUUUCUUCCACCCACCGAAAGAGAAUUCCUCGAACUGCUCUCCUGGACUGUUGAGGGUGGGUAAGCUGGGAAGGGGAGUGGUGAUCUGCCAGGAAGAUUUUCAGCUGUAAGAGACAGGGUCCCUCCCCCAGUGCCGGGAAGUAGCCAUAAAUGAGUCUGUGGUCAGUAAGAGACCUCUUCUAAUGGAACCUGGGCUGCCCCCCAAGCCACAGAAGAGAGUGAGUGGAGGAUGGGAAAGUGACCGAAGUGCAGCUCAGCAUGGGGGAGGGUGCUGACUGGAAGAGCCAGGGGUCAGGGGGUGGAGAGAGGGUAAAUGGUGACAGGGAUGGCUGGAGGGAAAUUUAAGGUCAAGGGAAUGAUUAGGGGUUCAGGGGAAUUAGGGGUUCAAGAAGUAACUGAAAGUAAAUUGGGGUCAGCACAGUGCUUGGAAGAGGACUGAGGUUCAAAGGAGUAACAAGAGGGGAUCUAGGGUGUAAGGGUGUAUUGAGAGAAUUGGGUGGUCAAUGAAAUAAUUGUGGAGAUUAUGAGUUAGGGGGAUUGGAGAAGAAUUUAGGUUUCAAUUAGAGGUGCCAAGAGAGUGUAGGGGCUCAGGUAACUCAGAGGAAUGACUGGACCAGGUGAGAACGAGGGAGAGGAGGCUCAGGGACUCGAGGCUCAGGUGGGAGGAGAGGGAGCCUGAGUGUGUGUGUCUUGGGGGAGGAGCAGAGACAGUUGCUGGUUGAAGUCAUCGUGGUAGUGACAGCAAAGGCUUCUGCUAGGUCCCAUCUCACCCGGAGAGGUGGGUACCAGGAGCCUCUGGGCUUUUCCAGGGUUUCCACUCCAUCCUUGAUUCUCCCUGUCCUGCUCGAGCUGGUGACCGGAAAGGGGCUCUGGCCCUCCUCCUCUCCAUCAGCCUCCCUUUCCCACCGCCAUCAAUUAUUCAUCAGCUCAGAUACCCGCCCUCCCAGGCAGGGCAGGCUGGUCCUCCUCUCCUCUCCAUGCCCCGCCUCCAGCUCAGCCACACAGCCACCGAGGCCCUGGCGAGGGAGGACGGCCAGCUGGGCAGCAGAGACCUGGCAAAAGGACUGGGUGGCUGGCCCUGCCGGACCCUGCCUAGGAUCACAUCUCCUUCCCCUUCUUCUUCCAACCCCCCAGUGCCAAGAAGGCCCUGGAGAAGAUGCCCAUCCAGAUCUUCUGCUCUGUGUCAUUCUCCUCUGGAGAGGAGGUCCCGGGGCCCUUGGGAGAUGUUUUGGGUCCCCACCAGCGGCAACAGCGGGACAACUCAGAGUCAGAAGAGGAAGAAGAGAAGAAAAAGGAGACAGAGAGGAAGGAGGUUGGAAAGGGGGAUUCACCGAUGGACUUAGUGGCCUUCGCCAAUAGCUGCACCCUCCAUGGCGCCAGCCACGUCUUUGUGGAGGGGGGUCCAGGGCCGCGGCAGGCCCUGUGGGCAGUGGCCUUUGUCCUGGCGCUGGGCGCCUUCCUGUGUCAGGUAGGGGAUCGAGUUGCCUAUUACCUCAGCUACCCACAUGUGACUCUGCUAGAUGAAGUGGCCACCACGGAGCUGGCCUUCCCGGCGGUCACCUUCUGCAACACCAAUGCCGUGCGGCUGUCCCAGCUCAGCUACCCUGACUUGCUCUACCUGGCCCCCAUGCUGGGGCUGGAUGAAAGUGAUGACCCCGGGGUGCCCCUUGCCCCGCCAGGGCCCGAGGCUUUCUCUGGGGAGCCCUUCAACCUGCACAGCUUCUACAAUCGCUCCUGCCACCGGCUGGAGGAUAUGCUGCUCUAUUGCUCUUACUGCGGGGGGCCCUGUGGCCCUCACAACUUCUCAGUGGUCUUCACACGGUAUGGAAAAUGCUACACGUUCAACUCUGGCCGAGAUGGGCGUCCACGGCUGAAGACGAUGAAGGGUGGGACAGGCAAUGGGCUGGAAAUCAUGCUGGACAUCCAGCAGGAUGAAUACCUGCCCGUAUGGGGGGAGACCGAUGAGACGUCAUUCGAAGCAGGCAUCAAAGUGCAGAUCCACAGUCAGGAUGAACCUCCCUUCAUUGACCAGCUGGGCUUCGGCGUAGCCCCAGGGUUCCAGACCUUUGUGGCCUGCCAAGAGCAGCGGCUCAUCUACCUGCCCCCGCCCUGGGGCACCUGCAAAGCUGUUACCAUGGACUUGGAUUUCUUCGACUCCUACAGCAUUACCGCCUGCCGCAUCGACUGUGAGACACGUUACCUGGUGGAGAACUGUAACUGUCGCAUGGUGCACAUGCCAGGGGAUGCCCCAUACUGCACUCCAGAGCAGUACAAGGAGUGUGCAGAUCCUGCUCUAGACUUCCUGGUGGAGAAGGACCAGGAGUACUGUGUGUGUGAAAUGCCCUGCAACUUGACCCGCUACGGCAAGGAGCUGUCCAUGGUCAAGAUCCCCAGCAAAGCGUCAGCCAAGUACCUGGCCAAGAAGUUCAACAAAUCUGAGCAGUACAUAGGGGAGAACAUCCUGGUACUGGACAUUUUCUUUGAAGUCCUCAACUAUGAGACCAUUGAGCAGAAGAAAGCCUAUGAGAUUGCAGGGCUCCUGGGUGACAUUGGGGGCCAGAUGGGGCUGUUCAUCGGGGCCAGCAUCCUCACGGUGCUGGAGCUCUUUGACUAUGCUUACGAGGUCAUUAAACACAAGGUGUGCAGACGAGGGAAGUGCCAGAAGGAGGCCAAAAGGACCAGCACGGACAAGGGUGUGGCCCUCAGCCUGGAUGACGUCAAAAGACACAACCCGUGUGAGAGCCUCCGGGGCCAUCCUGCCGGGAUGACGUACGCUGCCAACAUCCUACCUCACCAUCCGGCCCGAGGCACUUUUGAGGACUUUACCUGCUGAGUCCCGCAGGCCACUGUACCAAAGGCCUAGAUGAGGAGGGCUAGGAGAGCAAUGGGGGCCCCCAGCUGCCCCCUCACAUCUGUCCUGGGGACUUACUCCCUGCUUCCAAGGCAGCCCCCUACUCCCAGGCAGUCCUUUCCUCUUGUCUGUGGUGAGGAAGGAGUCUUGACCAUAGAGUCCUCUCCCUGCCUCUAUUCCCAUUUUUUUUUUUAAACAAAACUAAUCUUAAACAGAAACUAAGAAGAGAGAAUGGGGCAAGUGACCUCAGGCUGCCCCUCUCUGCUCCAUGCUGCCUCCCACAGCUCCCAGCCUAAAUUCUGUCUGUCUGUCUGACUGUCAUCUGAGUGUCCGCCUACAUUCUGCUGCCACCAGUCACCAAAGCCCCCUCCCAUUAGGGGUUGGAGGGGGAUCCUAGGGGUCUGGAAUUUGGCCCCAAACCAGAGAAUGUACCUUGAAGGGGAGGGCUAGUGGGAGGGGCUUGCCCAGCCUUAAGAGACCCUGUCAGCCAAGUGACUCCCCCAAACCCAAGUCUCCAGGCAGGAACCCUAGUCCAUGUCACUUCUCCGCUCCCCCUCACCACCUCACACAGUGUGAAGUCUCUAGGGAGGUGGGGGUGGGGGAUCCCCUGAAGAAGUGGAGAUGGGGACAAGAUAUGGCCCUGGUGCUGUAGGCCACAUCCUGAUACCUACAAGAUCACCCCCACCCCAGAGCUGCUGCAAAUAUGUCUCAAGAGGCAGCCCUCCUCUACCAUUCCAUAAAAGAUCCAGCUGGUUGGCUUCCAGCUCAGGGAGAGGGGCACUAGUGCCUAACCUCACUGGUCCCUCUCCCAGGGGCUCCUGCAGAGGGCCACAUCCAUAAAUUUUCUUAUGGAACUCUCCCAAGUCCCCUUCUGAAACUUCAUUUGCUCCUCUCAACAACCUCAUCUGCAUUUUCUAUUUCUAUAUGAUACAGACUCUAUAUUGCUAUAUCUCUGUAUAUACUUUCCCCUGACUCUGUCUCUGUCCCACCUCCUCUUGUCUCUAAGAACCAUCUUCCCACCCCAAGCUCCCUUUUCUGUGUUUCCACCUCCUCCCGGUCUCUGAAUGCCUUCGCCUGUAUAAAGAGUUGGACUCUCCCCUGGUGUCUGUACUGUGUACAUACAUCCCUCUAAGAAGCACAAGGAGACGACACGCGCAUUGUAACCUUCGCACUGUCUCGGUGGCGACAUAAAGGAAGCUGUGAAUUACAAGCUCUGCCUCUUUCUGGCCUCACCCUUUCCCCACACCCUAGGCACCCUUUACCCUCCCUGCAGCCUUAACAUUCCCUCCCCUGCUCCAUCCACCCCAAUGCCCUUUGCCUGGCUGACUGUGGCCUCCCCAGGAAAGGGGGUUGUACAGAAAGAACCCCCACCCAUGGGAUGGAGAUCUGCUCUGCACACUAAGUCAAGGAUGGCAGAGACAAAGGGAGCUGUGGAUUGGUGACUCCUUCAGCUGAAGUAGUGGGGUGCUGAUAGGCAGAGGCUGAGGUCUUCAGUCAGUGGCCUUUCCCCCUUUUGGGGUGCCCAGGCCUGUUUGCUCACCUAAUACCCAAGCCCACUACUUAUAGUUUCUGGUAAGGUACGGUUUGGUAGAAGGAGGAAAGAGACAUGCCUAGAGGGGAAGUUGAAAGCUCCACUGUUUGUCCCUCCCUUCCUACCUUAAUGAGAAACCGGUAAGGUAGAGGACCUGCCAUACCCUGUCCACCAGGCACUCCUCCCACACCAGAGCCCUGCCCCUUCUCUGGCCUUCUUGUCCAGCUAACCCCAGAACAAGACCUGUGGCAGGCCACCUGUGCAUUGGCCUGGAGGUAGAGAGUUAGGCUAUAGAAUCUUUGGGAACUCUUGGUUCCUGGGAGUUCCUUAGACAUCAGACCUCUCUGGAGGGAAGCAGGAGCAAGGCCAAACGGUGUGCACUGGAUGGGAAACAGCAGGCAGGGCUGUGGGUGACGCAUGCCUCUGGUCUAAUAAACUGGGUUCAACCAACUCCUCUUCA